AUGAAAAGUGUCAAGUUCGCUCUAUUGCACUAUUGCUUUUGGAACAUCGUAUUUGAUAGCAGUCUAACAUUUGCAACAAUACCAUUCAUCGUUCUCCCAACAUUAUCUGGUUAUCCAUUAGGAAUCCUGAAUGAUUUCGAAGUUUCAACAAAAUCACAAGUUCAAGUUUUAGUUUUGGCGUAUUUCGGGAUUUGUUGCUCGCUAGUUGGAAUCUUUGAAAAUCGAUUUACCCACAUUGCUGGAAAAUCAUUUACGAUAUCACUUAUCAAUAAAAUUCUGAUUUAUUCUCUAAACAUGUUGACAAUAACUUUAGGUUCAAUUUAUAUAUUUGACACCUGUCCGGAGCAAGAUUUGGCUCUGCAAAUCGUCCGCGAGCAACUUCCACCAAAUCUUCCCUAUUUUCACGAAUCGGAAGUUUUUGUAGUUUCAGUCGAUUACACCUUCGUACGCUCAUUUAUAUGUGUCGUUGUAGUUUCGAUAGUUGCUCAAUGUUCGAUUUUUGGGACUCUCACACUUUCUAAGAUCUACGCUAGAAAAGGGAUGUCGAACAGAACUCGACGAAUGCAAAAUCAUUUGUUCAUGCUGCUUUGUAUUCAACUCGCCAUCCCGUUUUGCGCACUUGCUCUUCCCGGGGCUUAUGUGAUUUAUACCUGCGUAACAUUUUAUCAUAAUCAGGGUAAGCGACGCGACGCAUACGCAGCGCGUUCCCAACUCACAAAUUGUUUUCAGCAUUCAACAACAUUGCUGUUAUCCUGCAUUCUCUGCACGGUAUUUUAUCGGCUAUAUCUAUGAUUGUUAUACAUUCACCGUAUCGAAAAGCGCUGAUAUCGAAAUUGGGAAUCGAGAAAAAGAAGAUAAAAGUGCCGGAAAUUGUUAGUAAUCCGAUUAGAACGUUCUAA